AUUGUAUUGUUGUAUCCUUCUCUUCUAGAUGAAACAUCUUUGCCUGAAGUGCUGCAAUCUUCUGUAGAUGUCCAUGGCAGUCCGUGCAGGGGGGCAUAUCCGUGAAAAUUAAAUUAAUAUUAGCAGAAAGAUGCAAGCAGAGAUGUGUCAACUGACUUUCAACGAUGUACUGAAUACAAGGAUGACGUUUAAGCCAAACUGUUCUAGAGAACUUUAAUGGCUGUUAAGAUGUGUGGGAUCUUUACUCGCUGUUCACUUGCAGCACUGCUGCUGGUUGCAGCCUGGGCAGACCACCACCACCACGGCUCUGAUGGCUCUCACAGCCAUGAGGGAGAAAUGAGCUUCCACAAGCUGUCCGCUCCCAAUGCUGACUUUGCCUUUACCCUCUACAAAAGUCUGAAUGCCAAAACUGCGGGAAGGAACAUCUUCUACUCGCCGCUGGGUAUCUCCACCGCCCUGUCCAUGCUGUCUACAGGUGCCGGUGGUGAAACCCACAGCCAACUGUUCUCCAGCUUGGGCUACAGCACCUUUAACCAGACUCAGGUCAAUGAAGCAUACAAGCAUCUCUUCGACAUGAUGGGACACAGCCAAGAGCAUCAGCAGCUGGAUGUUGGUAACGCCAUGGCCCUGCGCACUGGUUUCAAUCCUCUGGAGAAGUUCCUGAAGGAUGUCAAGCACGACUACUCUGCUGAGAUCUUCAACGUUGACUUUACCAACCCCACUGAUGCUGCAGCUGAGAUCAAUAGAUUCAUUGCUAAUAAAACCCAGGACAAGAUCAACAAUAUGGUGAAGGACCUGGCCCCUGAGAUGGUCAUGGUGCUGAUUAACUUUGUCUACUUCAAAGGACAGUGGAAGAAACCCUUCAACCGUGAUAUGACACACAAGAUGGACUUCCAUGUGGACAAGACGACCAAAGUUCAGGUGGACAUGAUGAUGAGGACGGGUUACUACAACACCUACUGGGACCUCAACAACCACACCACCGUCAUCAUGCUGCCCUACAAGAGCAACACCUCCAUGAUGAUUGUCCUGCCCAAUGAUGGCAAGAUGAAGGAGGUGGAGGGCUACAUCAACAAGGACUACGUCAAGCACUGGCGUGACUCAGUCUCAAUGGAAUAUGUGGAUUUGUUCCUGCCAAAGUUCUCCAUCACUGCUGAUGCUCCCCUGGAAAACACACUGAAAGAAAUGGGCAUAACCAACGCUUUUGCAGACGACGCUGAUUUCUCUGGCAUGUCUGACGAGAUCAAGCUCAAAGUUUCAAAGGCGUCCCACAAGGCUGUGCUGAGUGUCACUGAGAUGGGAACAGAGGCAGCAGCCACCAGCAUUAGUGAGAUGAUAUUUUUCAGUUUGCCACAAUCAGUCAGUAUUGACAGACCUUUCUUAGUCUUCAUCCUGGAGAACUUCACCGGGAGCAUCCUCUUCAUGGGCAAGAUCACCAAUCCCUUAGCCAUGUAAAGAUGCUAGGAAAAUGAUAAUUAUGAUCACAGGUGUCAUCAUGAGGAUUUCAUCAUAAUCAAAAUCACUGAUUCUUCACUCAUCAUGUUGUUAUUGUAGCAGGAAAUGUGCUUGCACAUGUGUAUCUGUCU